AUGUCAACAGAAUGUCGCUAUGAGAAGGAGGCCUGGGAGGAGUGCGACGGCACAGGACAACAGCGAAGAGUUCUAAAAUUAAAGACAUCGCGUUCGGCACCAACUAAUUGUGAGCCACAGAAGUAUAUCACCAGACAAUGCAAAAAGAACUGCCGCUAUUCUAAAGGCCUUUGGAGUGAUUGUGUCAACGGAUCCAAACACCGCACCGACACUCUUAAGAUCCCAAGUCCUGGUUGUGAAGGCACCCGAAACAUCACCAAAACAUGCAAACAACAGUGUAAUUAUGUGAAGAGUGAGUGGUCUUCGUGUGAAAACGGCGUUAAAAUCAAAACACUGACCCUUCAGACUGAGACCAGUGCCCGAUCCGGAUGUGAGACCACAAGAGUUAUCAGAAAACAGUGCGGAAACAGAAACAACAGAAAGGAAAGGACCAAAAACAAGAAGACUGUCCCAAACAACACUCCAACCAUUGAUUCAUAACUAUUUUAACUACAAUUAUCUUAAAACUAUUCAAACAUUUUAUUUCUUUCUAUUC